GUAGCCACUCGCCCAAAGCCACCAGGUAGCCAGCCUGCCUGCCUGCCUCUGGCCCGUCGGGAAACACCGGGGCCCAAACCCAGACCAUUCCCCGACCCACAACCCCUUCUUCCCCCUUCCGUCCCCCAACCCAACCCACCCAGCCCUGGGCAUUUUUCCACGACAUGGUCCCCCCUCCUAAUCCCCUUCCACCGCCGUUCCUGCCUCUCUCUCUGGGCUGAUUUUCCCCUCCAAAGUUUGAUCAGGAAUAACAGGCUUUGUUCUUUUCUUUUUUGUCCCUCCUCCUCCUCUCCCCUCCAUCCAGCAGAGAUGCCUUGAGAUCCAAACCCAGCACCUGGGCGAGAAGGAAAUCCAGAGGACACACACCCCCUAACCCCCCCCCCCCCAAUUCUCUCUCUUUUUCAAUUUCUCUCUCAAUCUUUGGCCCCAAGAGAGGAUCUGCGGGGUGGACUGCCUCCCCAUCGCCACCGCACACCUUUCCCCCUCUCCUCCUCCUCCUCCUCCUCCUCCUUUCCCCCUCUCUUUCCCUCUCUCCUACUGCUGGCUGUUGCAAGUGGAGCUGGGGGGCGCGGGUCCUCCUCCUGCUCCUCCUGCUCCCCCUUGUAUGCCGCCUCUGCCCCAAUGGUGGGGCGUCCCUGAGGCGGCGGCGUUGGCGUUGGCGUUGGGGCGCCAUGGGAGACCUGAAGUCCGGCUUCGAGGAGGUGGACGGCGUCCGCUUGGGUUACCUGGUGAUCCGGGGCAAGCAGAUGUUCGCCCUCUCGCAGGUCUUCACCGAUCUGCUGAAGAACAUCCCUCGGACCACGGUCCACAAGCGGAUGGACCACCUCAAGGUGCAGAAGCACCACUGCGACCUGGAGGAGCUCCGCAAGCUCAAGGCCAUCAACUCCAUCGCCUUCCACGCCGCCAAGUGCACCCUCAUCUCCCGGGAGGACGUCGAGGCCCUCUACACCUCCUGCAAGACCGAGAGGGUGCUCAGGGCCAAGCGGAGGGCGGCCGGCGGCGGGCAAGAGCCCAAAGACCCCAAAGUGGCGGCGGCGGCGGCAGCGGCGGCGGCGGCGGCGGCCUUUUGGAAAGACGGAGGGAAACUUUGGCUGGGGCUGAAUGGAGCAGCGCCUCUGGGCAGCAGCGGCGGCAGCAACAGCAGCAGCAGCAGCAGCAGAAGGAAGGGAUGGCGCAAAGGCACCGCUGCAAAGUCGGAGCCUUUCCUACCGGCUUCGGAUCUACCUCACUUUUGGAGCCCAUCGCCGGGGCUCAGCCACCCGGGACUCAGCCGGAGCCCUGGCAAAGGGUCCGCAAACUAUGAAACGCCCCCGCUCCGGCCCCGCUACGUCUCCCUGGCCUCGGAGCCGCCUUGUUUCCGCAGCCUCCUCUGCUCCAAGCACCCCCACUACUACUACCACUCCUCCGCCGCCAUUGCCAGCCAGCCCAAGCUCGCCGCCGCCGCUGCAGCCGCCGCCGCAGCCGCUGCAGCUGCCGCAGCCGCCGCCGUUGCCGUCCGAGGCAGCAGCCCUUUGGGUCUCGGGGGGUGUCGGUCCAAACGGAGGAAGGCGGCCCCGGAGGGAGGGUUCCUGCCCGGCUGCGGGCGCCGCCUGCUCCUGCUCCCCCGGACCCAGGCUUACAAGGCGGCCAAGAGCGCCGGGAGGCUGCCCGCCUUGAAGGGCUUCGUGGCGCCGCAGAACCCCGAGCCUUUUCCCGAGAGCUACAGCAGCGACUCCGACUCCAGCUCCUACUCCGACCAGGCGGGCAACGACUCCGAUUUCUGCUCCAGUUUGACCAGCACCAGCAAUUCCGGGUCUUCGGAGGAGGAAGAAGAGGAGGAGGAAGACGACGACGACGAUGAAGAAGAAGAAGAGGAAGGCAGCUUCGUUUCCGACUCCAGCGAACUGAGCUCCGAUGAGGAGGAAGAGGAGGAAGAAGAGGAGGAGGAGGAGAGCAGCUCAGAGUCGGAUUCCAGCACUGGCUCCAGCCAAGUCUCGGUGCAGAGCAUCCGCUUCAGGCGCACUGCUUUCUGCCCGUCGCCCGGCCUGCUCCUCCCGGCCCCGUUCUCCUCAGCUUCUCCGCGGGGCCCCGAACAGCUCCCCGGACUGGACCGGACCAUCAAAGCCGAAGCCUCCGAGGAGGAGGAAGAGGAAGAAGAGGAGGAGGAAGAGGAGCAACCGCCGAGCCAAGACUGGAGCAGUUCGGCCGCCUGGGUCCCCAAAGCCGAGCCGGGGCUGGCCUCACCGGAGAGCCCCCCUCCUCCCCCGGGCAGGCUGGGCUUCGGGGAGCAGGGCCAGGCCAGCGGGGGAAGCAGCAGCAGCAGCCGCAGCAUCCACCGACGCCGCCGAGGCCGCCCCGACGGAGAGGCUCCGGGUCCCGCCAUCCUGGCACCUGGCGGAGGGAGCCCCGAGGCCGCCCUGGGCUUGCCAGGGGGAGCCAAUUCCUGCAGCCCAAAGGCCAGCCCAGAGAGACUCUCCUGGGAGGGCAGGAGAUGCCCCCUCGACCCCUCUCCUCCGCCUCCUCCUCCGAUUCCCCUUCCUCCGCCCCGGCCAGAGACCCCCCCAACUGCCUUGCAAGGUCUGCCAGCCAGGGAAGGCCCAGAAGAUGCCCACCUCCCGCGCCCCUCCAGCCCCUCUCCUGGCAGCCAGCCCUCCUCCUCCGACCUUCCUCCCCGGGACCCGCUCUCCUCUGGGCAGCUCCUCCGCCUCCCGCCCCUUGUGCCCAUUGCCCAGAUCAAAGUGGAGGACAGCAGUGCCAAUGCCGAGUACGGAGUCCAGAGCAGCCCCCCUGGGACGCCCCCAUGGCAGCCCAAGCUGGAGGCCAGCCCCCCCCCCCCCCCCCCCCCGGACGACGACGAGGACCCCGACGAAGACCCGGCCGGGCCCCCGGAGCAGCCCCCCGGGCCCACCGCCUCCACGGCACCCCCCACCCCCACCAGGACCCCGAGGACGCCCCCGCUGCCGCCCCCGGCCCCCCUCAGCCAGGCCCUGGCGGCCUGCACUUUAGGCUCCGCCGCCUCGGCUGCUGCCAAGCCCGAGGAGGAGGAGGACGACGGGGAGUACAAAUUCGGCGCCCGGGUGAGGAAGAACUACCGGACCUUGGUGUUGGGCAAGCGGGCCCUGCUGCCCAGCCCGGCGCCGCUCAAGCCAAACCUGAAAUCGGCCCGGAGUCCCCGGGGGCUGCCCUCCGCAACUACAACGACGGCGUCGGCGUCGGGGAAGCUCCUGGAGAGCCCCGACGGGACCCUGGAGGACCUGGGCGUCCUCGGGCGGCGCAAGCGGGUGGGUGGCAGCGUGGCCUCGGCCCUCAAGCGGCCCUUCAGUUUCCUGGGCAACUUUCCAUGCCCGCCUUCUCUGGUGGUUGGCUUGGACGGGGAUCUGUUGCCGGCCUACAGCUUGAACACCGCCCAGGAUGCCCAGCCGCCCCCCAAGGCCCACCCGGUCUGGAGGUGGCAGCUGGGCGGCUCAGCGAUACCUCUUCCCCCCAGCCACAAAUUCAGGAAAUUUCAUUCAUGAAAACGGUGGAAAGUAGGGGAGACUGCCCCGACGUCGUGGUUCUUUGUGUUGGCUGGGAUUUUUUGAAUAUAUAUAUUAUUAUAAUUAUAAUUAUUAUUAUUAUUUCUCCCGCCGCCUUCUUGACCUUUGAAGCUGGAUGGUGCGUUUCCCUCUGCUACUCCUUGGCAUCCUUUCUGGUUUUAUCCUCUCUUUUGGGAAGCAGAGGAAGAAGAAGCAGAAGCAGAAAUUGGAUUACUAUUUUCUUUGCCAUGAAAAGAGAUCGUGGGGGAAGA